AUGGGUUCCAAAAAGGAUGAAGUUUCUCCAUCUGAUAUAACUUUGAAUAUAGAUUCCGCAAAACAAAUUAAUGCCAGGUCAUUACGUGCUAACGCUUUUUCUGUCGAAGAAGAGAUGCGUAAUCAGGAAGAGCACGAAAAGCAGAAAAUUGGUCAUCGACGCAUAGAUCGCCAGGGCGAGGUGAGCUACAAACGUGUUCCAAGCAAUGCGUUGAUGGGAGCAAUACAACUGGGUAUCGCGAAUUCAAUAGGUUCACUAGCUUCUAUACCAAAGAGAGAUCUCCUACUGCAAGAUUUUGAUGUCGUCCAUACUGUUUCUUUUCCAUCAAAUGGAUCACAGUCAACACCGUCUCACAGUUAUGGGGAUUUUCGAUUUCAGACUUAUGCGCCGAUCGCAUUUCGGACUUUUCGUGAUCUUUUUGCAAUCAAAACUGCUGAUUUCUUGCGUUCUGUAUGUAUGUUUCCAUUAAAAGAGCUAUCGAAUGCAGGAGCAUCUGGAUCCAUAUUCUAUGUCUCUCAUGAUGAUCAGUUUAUAAUCAAAACGGUGCAAUCUAAAGAAGCUGAAUUUCUGAAGAAAUUGCUUCCGGGUUAUUAUAUGAAUUUUAAUCAAAAUCCGCAUACAUUGUUGCCAAAAUUCUUUGGACUAUUUUGUUAUCAGAGUCUGGGCAAAAAUAUCCGACUGUUACUGAUGAAUAACCUGUUACCUCAAACAAUUAUGAUGCAUGAAAAGUAUGAUUUAAAAGGAUCCACCUAUAAAAGGUUGGCAUCGAAACACGAACGCGCAAAGGCUUCACCUACACUGAAAGAUUUGGAUUUCAUUUCUGUGCAUCCCGAUGGACUACUACUUGAUGUUGGCGUGCAUGAUGCCAUUAUGAAAACUAUUAGCCGGGACUGCUUGGUACUUGAAAGUUUCAAAAUAAUGGAUUACAGCCUUCUUGUCGGUAUUCACAAUAAAAGCACGGCAAAAAAUGCAGUUGAUGCAGUUGAUGGUAACGAACCAUCGACUUCAAAUCAGAAAACAAAAACUAAAACCGUUCGAGUGAAAAGUGAAAAAUUACUCGAUUCAGAUUAUUAUAAGCCAUAUGAACAAAUAUCAUUCCCAGCAAGAAAUCAACGAGGAGAUGACUUAUUAUUAUUUCUUGGUAUAAUCGAUAUUCUUCAGAAUUAUAGGUUAUUGAAAAAACUGGAACAUACUUGGAAAAGUGUGCUUCACGAUGGUGAUACUAUUUCUGUCCAUAAUCCGACAUUUUACGCUCAGCGUUUUAUCACUUUUCUCAAAUCGCAUGUAUUUCACAUGACAGCAGCUGAGUUGGUACCCAAAGGCGGUCACACAAAGUUCAAAUCGGUCGUUACAUCUUAUUUGGCACUUCGACACAGUCCUUCCAAGCGGUACCUCCCUAGGCGAAGUUUAACGGAAAAAGACGAAGGCGAACCAAUUACAAUAGUGGAUACUUCACGACGACUUUUCAAUAAUCUGCAGAAGCCGCGAGAGAAGAAAGUUGAACGUUUAUUUGCUCCUGAUCCCAACCCUGCGGAACUAUCGGAAACCACCAAAUUACAUUCCUCAGAAGAAGAUAUUAUGAUGAAAUCUUGA